AUGACCGAGGCUCUGCGGCCUCUGCGACCUUUGCAGACACAAGUUUCCAGCGAUGCUCACGAUCCGCAGAGUCCGCAGCUCGGGCCAGGGCCGACACUUAACCCCGUAUCCGUACCGGAUCCGCUGACGAAGCGAGCAAUUUGCUCUCAGUGCAGAAUAAGAAAGGUCCGAUGCGACGGCAGACCAAACCUCUGCCAAAACUGCGACCGGCUAGGUUUCGAAUGCUCGUUCCAGCAGUCCCCCAGCAAGGCACCGGGCCAAUAUGUAGUAAAGCUACCGGAACGGCGGCGGCGUAUGCAGGCGUGCAUCCCGUGCCACUCCAAGAAAACCCGGUGUCUCGGCGAACUACCAAGCUGCUCCAGCUGCGUCCGGAGAAAUCGCGUUUGUACUUAUCCCCGAACUCGGAAAACCGGGACUAUGUCUCGCGGCCCCGACGCGGCGGAGGGUUCGGGGACCGACGAUAGACCGGCGCACGCAUCUCCUGGUCAGGACAUCGGGAUAGUGGGCCAGACGGAAGGGUCCGCGCUAGAUUAUGAGACGACGCUGAGUUUAGUCGAGGACUACUUCCGGCAUUUAUAUCCGCUGCCGUCGUUUUCCUUUUUUCACAAGGCGACUGUCCUCCAGAGAUGUAAGGACCAGACGAUAAACGAAACCCUGAAGCUGUCAAUAUGCGCCAUCACGGCGCUGCAGCUCCAACGCACUUCGCUUUGCCACGAUCUCUGGAUCCAACAAGCCGAACAGUCCAUCUUGCAGCAGGUAGGCCGGGCCUCUAUCUUCCACCUGCAAGCACUACUCCUCGUGAUCCGGUAUAAGAUCGAAAGCGGGGAUUUCCCAACCGCAUUCAUGUUAGCCGCGCUCGCAGCACGAACGGCGCUUGCCCUCCGUCUGAACUACGAGCGCCCCGAGCUAUCCGAUGUUGCGCAAGAAGCACGUAGACGGCUCUUCUGGGCGUUAUAUCUGCUUGAUGAUUUCUUCUGUGUGGGGCUUAGAGAGUUCGAAUUAUGUCCGGAAGAGACGAUUCACCUCCAGCUACCUUGCGAUGAGGACUACUUUGAGAUGGGCCGAUUCGUACAUACGGGAUUGCUCCGGCCCGGACCCUCGGAGUCUUUGGCUACUGUGGGUUUACGCGGCGUAUUUCUCCGUUUAACAUCCGUUCGACGGGCGGUUAUGAGAUUCAACCGCCGCGUCGGACUAGGUGAGGAAUUAUCCUCGACAAUCAGCAGCAGCAUCCGACGCAUCGAAGAAGAACUUCAAUCGCUAAAAGCCACUCUCCGGCCAGUCGAUCAAUACUCUAUAUCCAACAUGACAUGUAGCAAAUGGCUAGCCCAAUUCAUCAUGCUGCACAUGUCCUGGCAUCAAUGCCACUGCGACCUAUACCGCCUCUGUUUAGACGGAUACAGCGAAGCGGCUCCAUCCCCAGUCCUAGCAGUGCUUCACCCGCGGGACCGGGUCGCUAUGCAGUUCAAGUGUCUCGAGCACGCCGAGAACAUCAUCCGGAUCGUGUCUGACUUCUCAAACUACGAGGACGGCGAAUGCCUUCUCGAGCGUGAUGCUGCGGUCUGCGCGUUUGAAAGCGCACGACUGGUUAUGUUUGGCUCGCGAAUACCUGGAGCGGUGUCGAGUCUGGAUGUUGCAAUAAGUAAAGCCAAGUUGUCACUUGGUUUAAUAACACGAUUCUUCCCCUAUUCCGCUUGCACGCAACCACUACGAAAGGAUUUAGAACGCUUAAUAGCCAGCUACUCCGUGCGCCUCGCCCUGCAAACGCAAGGAACGCCCUCCGAACCCGAUCUCCCACCCUCAGCACGCCCCUCAACAAAAGUCUCCCAGUACGCCAGCUCACGUCAGCGGCUCUCCGUUCAAAGCCUACUUCUCCAAUCAGAUUUCGUCGAUGACAGCAACGAGAUCGCUGGUCCAACGCCUCCACCCGAGACGCAUACCGCUCAGAUAACGCACGUCUAUGGCCAAGGAAACGAGGAGCCCACAUCCGCCGCCAAAGCGCAACCACAGUGGAGCACGGCAGGUAACGGGCAGCUACCAUCGCCUGGGCUGUCUCUCGAUGCGGGGCAGGAAGACGCGGGGUUGAUUUUCAACCCUUGGAUGGGCUUUACCGGUAGCGAGGAUAUGUCGGGGCGACCUCCGGGACUUGACGACGAAUUCUAG